AUGGCAUCCGAUCAAGAAACAUUAGAUAAUUAUUUUCAACAAGAAAAUGAUGAUAUAUAUGAAAUUUCAUCAAUUACAUCAGAAUUGUCAAACAACAAAAGAAAACAUGCUGGUGGUAGACCAUUGUCGGAAGUUUGGACCCAUUUUACAAAAGGAGAUGAAAAAACCAAAGGCCAUUAUGAAGCAACUUGUAAAUAUUGUCAUCAUAGAUGGGAUAGGGCUUAUCCUAGUAGAUUGGAAAUUCAUCUAGCAAAUCAAUGUAUUGAAGUUGAGCGUGAAAUUGUUACUUAUUUCGAAAAAUCACACCAAUCAAAUGCUUUAUUACAUGAAGGGAUUAAGAAUUUAAAUAUUCUAGGUGGUGGAUUAAAAUCAGGAUGUAAAACUAGGUGGUCAACUUAUUAUGAUUGUACUUCAUCCAUUUUAAGAUUGGAAAGUUGUUUUAAUUGGAUCAUAUAUGAACAUUCUGAUGUUAUUACGAACAAUGAUGUUAAAAAUUUGUUAAGAUCAAGAUAUUUUUUUGAUGAUAUUCAAUUAAUUUCAACAAUUCUUAAACCUAUUAAAGAAGCUGUUACAUUUUUAGAAGCAAAAAAUACUACUCUUGCUGAUUGUUUUUUACAAAUUUGUAAAAUAGGUGCUUCAAUUAAGAAAUUAUCUGAUAAUAAUCAAGUGUUUAAACAAUACUGCAUAGAUAUUUUUAACAAAAGAUGGCAUGACUUUGGUAAUUUUGGAGGAAUUGGUAUAAAAAAAGGACAAUUUAAAGUUUUAACAGUUAUUGCUGGAAAUUAUUGGAGACAAAUGGGAAAUGAUGAAGAAUCUUACACUGAGCUACUUACACAAAUGAGAAAUUACAAGCUAAAAAAUGACCCUUAUGACAUGAACUAUGGUGUUAAUGAUACACCAAUUGGUUGGUGGUUGACAAUUGAAGACAACUAUGAUUAUUUACAAACCUUAUCAUUAAAAUUAUUCUCUAUUUGUCCUCAUUCUGCUGCAUCAGAAAGAGUUUUUUCUGUACUCAAGUGGUAUUAUAAUCAAAGGAGAUCCAGACUACAUACUCAAACUGUGGAAAACCUGACAAAAAUGCACUGUUACUAUGUUUCUAAUAGUAAAAAGAUUUUCAAUUAUUAUGGUGAAAAUAUGAGUGAGGAUGAUAUUAAAAAGGCUUGUAUUGAAGCCCUCUAUGAUAGUAAUAAACUUCCUGAUGAAAUAGAUGAAGAUUAUGGAGAAAAUUAUAAUAGUGAUAGUGAUCAUGAAGACAUUGAAAUUCAAGAUAACAGAAUAGAUCAUCAAUUAAGUAUAGAAGAUGUUGUAAGCUUGGAUGACCCAAUUUUCAAUAAUUCAAAUUCUGAAUAG